AUGUUAGAACGGUCCAGGGCGAAUCUACCGCAAGGCAUCGACCUCCUCUGGAGCCAUCAGAUUCGACGUGAGAAUACUCUGCUGCACAAACAAGUUCAGCAGCUACAAGCCCGCAUCGACGAAAUCCAGGAUCUGCAGUCAUGCCUGUCGAGUACUGUCGAAAGCUUGCAGGUAGACUCCGCUGCGUGUUCCUCGAGAACUGAAUCUGUUCAAGCUCAGGUCGACAUCGCUGAAGCAAAGCUCACCCGUUACUCGGAUCUGGCCACCUCGACGAGCCUGAGAGUCGAUCAAGUCUCUGCUGACCUAGCAUCUACCAGCAAGUCCGAUGGUGAAAAGAUCCAGAAGUUGUCUGAACGGGUCGAUGAUGUCCACGCAUACCUCUGUGGAUUGGAGGAGGAUGGGGAGAAAAGAACGAACAAAUUGGCACAAGAUCUUCAACAAUUAUCAGCGAACAUCGACGGGCAUCAGCAACAACCGGUCAUAGACGCUCUCCUGGCACGGAUGUCAAGUCUAGAGGCUCGGAUCGAUCGCUGUACCUGCUCGUCAGACACACCGAGACUGGCAAACAACUGUGAUCGUGAGGCCACCAAACUUCGAGGAUCCUAUGAUGAAUCAGCAGAUUCUGUCGUCACGAAUACAGUGUCGAGCUCGGGUCCGGGAAGUCAGGAGGAGCCGAUGCUCACUCUGCAAGAUGUCGAAGACAAGUAUCCAACGCUCACACCCGAGCCAAGCAUUGAUCUGGAUGAGAAUGUCGCAACACCAUCCUAUGCUGCCCAUCAAAGACCACAGUCUAGAGUGCCCGAAUCCCUUCAGCCUAUCGUUUUGAGUAGUCCUCGGAUUGCAGCCCGUCCAAACUACUCCCAGCUCAAGCAAGGAAGAUAUCAUAGCUGGGACAGAUAUCUAGCAGAAGCGCAGACGUUGAUAAAAACUCUUCCGCAUGACCAAGAGAAGGAAGCAGUGUCGACAGUGCUCGAGCACAAUGGCUGGACAUGGGACAGUGUUGUGUCCUAUGGAAUGUCUGGCACACCCGCUUUGCCACUGGCGGCUACUACCAGACCGACCGUUGCUCGGAAGAGCCAGGCUUCCGCGCAAGUUCCGCAUGAGCAUCCUCCCGAUUCCAGUCUGACGAGAACCUCAGCACCGGUGGAGAAGCGAAGAGGCAAAGACGCAGAGGCUACCGUGCCUUCGAGCGAGCGCCGGGAUGGCCGGCCUGUUGUUCCUGUCCAAGAGCCUCGAAGAAGCCAACGUCUUGCCGGCAUUGCGGCUCACGAUCGGCCAAAGAAGAGACAGAAUCGCAAGAUCGGCGGGAGAACCAAGCCGGAGUCCAAGACAGCCAAAGCGAACCAAGUGAAGCUUCGACCGCCCACACAAAUCACGGAGCCCGCGACCAGCAACGACCACAACAAGGAUUUCGCGAUUCCUCCCUCACACCAACCUGAGAGAGAGGUAUCAUACGAGAUUCCUAUGACACGGGCUACCUCCGCUCAAUCAGCAGAGACGCAAACGCCAGCGCUUCCAUCCACACCUCCCAGCAAAUUGAAGGUACGCAGCCGACCGGGUCAACCAUCAGCUCAGACGGCCUCCCGACCGAGUGGCUCCAUCCAUCAUCGUCAGAUCAGUAGCAGUAGUGAUAUCGUCACGAUGCUCAACGACAGGACCCGAAUUGCGUCUCGCCGGCUCCAGCAGGACAUUGAGUCGGAAGAAGGGGAGCCACAGCUUCCGCGAAUCCCAACACCGCCUCCUGCUCCCCGUAAGAUAAGCCGCCUCCCGACCCUCAUCAGGAAUAACAAGUCGCGAGCCACCCUUGCCGGCACGAACGACAGAAAGCAUCAACGUCAGCCCACAUCUGUUGACCAUGCUGCCCCUGUCGUCAAGCGUGUCAAGAAGGUACGGCGACCUCCACCUAAGAUUCCGAUCUUGCCGACUUCGGAGCUGUAG